UCCCCGGCACCGCCCCGGCCCUUCCUGCCCCCGCCGGAAGCGGCCGCAGCGCCCGGGAUGCCGGAGGCGGCCGGAGGUGUCGCCAGGGCGGGCGGCAGCGGGAGCGGCGCGUAGGGCUGGGCUCGCCGCCAUGCCCAAGUACUACGAGGACAAGGAGGAGGACGAGCGCGCCUGCAGCGGCGUGCGGGAGGACCUGCGGCAGUGCCUGCUGGAGAGCCCCUGCGUGCUGCAGGAAAACAAAAGCCCUAAACAAUGCUUGAGGGAAGGACACUGUAGGAGUUUGCAAGUGACAUUCUUUGCAUGCAAAAGAUCAAUGUUGGAUACCAGGGCAAGAUUCAGAGGAAGGAAGGGAUACUGAAGUCUUCAUCAAGAGACCUAGCCAUGGGAAUUCAGGGUUCAUCAGCACUUUACAAAAAGCAGAGACUAAAGUAAGAAGAUUGUACCUGCUAUAUCCUUUCAUGCAGUGUUUUUGUGGAAGGUACCUGCUCCUGAGUAUUCUGAUAGAUUGACCUGGAUGUGCAUUUAAAUGUUAAAAAGAAGACAAGCCUAAAGCUGCAAGUUCUGGCCAAAAUGGGUACUUGUCAUGUACUUGAAAUAAAAUAUGUGAAAUCCAGAAUAAGCUGCAGAAUUUAUCAUUCUGUUUUGAA